CGAUGCUAGUCAUGAGCAAGCACGAGUGGGUGCCCUACGCAGACGGCUCCACAGUUCCCGUGUGCUUCACCGACCUGACCUCCCUCUGGUCAUGUGUCUACAUCAACGUGGUCACCGCCGUCUUCUUCUUCGUGCCCCUGGUGCUCCUGGUGCUCCUCUACCUCGUGAUCGGCAGGAGUUUGAUGCAGGACUCCGCCUCGGCCGCUCUGAAUCACCGGAAGGUCGACCUCCCCAACAUGAAGGCUAGGAGACAGGUCGUAGUAACGCUGGCGACGGUCACGAUCUUCUUCUUCUGCAGCCUCUUCCCUUUCCGAGUCCUGACGCUGUGGAUUGUGUGGACGCCCAACGAGACUAUAAAAGACGUCGGAGCUCUGCGCUUCUACAGCAUGCUGUACGCCGCCCGCGUGCUGCUCUUCGCCAACUCGGCCGUCAACCCCAUCCUGUACAACCUGACCUCCACCAAGUUCCGCGAGGCCUUCCUGAAGCUGCUGCGGAACGAGCGCCGCCGCCGCCGCCACCUCAGCCGCCAGUCCACCUUCAACACCACCGGCACCUCCAUGUCCAACGGCCGCAGCGGCUCCUCGCGCGCCGCGCCCUCCGAGGCGGCCUCCGUCAGGGAGCACCCGGCGCGCGUGGCCCUGGCGCGCUGGGGGCGCCACGCCUCGCUCGACGCGUUCCCGGCGGCGCCGCGGGCCGGCAUGGCGCGCUACGGCCGCCAGAGCUCCUUCGCCGGCACGCACUGGCUCCCGCCCGCCGGCAGCGCCUCCUCCAGCGCCGCCUGCAGCCGCCAGAACAGCCGCGCCGGUGAGAACGGCGUCGCCAGUCCCGGCGAGGCGAGGCGCUGCCUGGAGGGCGAGAAGCGGCCCUCGGGCGAAGGCCGGCGGCUGCUGGAGGGCGAGAGGUCGUCCUUGAACCAGGGCAUGAUCGCGGAGGAGAGGCCGCGCGGCCACCUGGCCCGCACGGAGAGCAUGAGGCGCAUGCGGGAGCGCAGGAUCGACACGGAGAUGGACACCCUGCUAUCGGAGCGGCCGAGCGACGCCGCGCCCACGCCCACGCCCACGGCCACGCCCACGGCCACGCCCACGUCCGCCGAAACCGUCUUCAGGCUGGAGAGCGAGCGGCCGCGCGACCCCGCCGACGGCGACGCCGCAGAAAACGGGAAGCCGGCCGCAGAAAACGGCGACCGAGCCAAAGAAAACGGGGGCGGCGCGGAGGCGAGGCCGGCGGGCGAGGCCGGCGGAGGCGCCCUCUUCUGCGAAAGUCUAAGUACAAAAGUCAGUCUAGUUUGAAGGAAUUCUUGUAUCCGCCAAUUGGGCAUUAGGGUCGGUUCCUCCCGAGACAACGGACGCGAAGGAAAGAUGGAGAGAGAGAGAGAGAGAAGGAGAAGGAGAGAGAAACAGAGAGGAUGACGGCACACACGCAUCUACCUCUCGCUUAACCAUAUAAGAUCCUGCUUAAGAAAACAGAUGAAUAAAAAUGACCCGACAGCCCUAAGAAAAAAGGAGAAACAUUCUUCAAUUCUCUUUCUCUUCCCUUCGUUUUACACUUUCUCUCUUUCGUAUUUUUCUUCAAGGUUUAACAAGACGUAAUCUAUAAUCUGGAUGUUCGUGACUAAGUGUCUGUGUCGAUCAUAUAUUUUACAUGUGUGUAUUUCGUGUUUAAACUAAAACAAAAGCGUAAUAAUACGGUUAUUAAUAUAUCCUCUCCAUGUUUUGCUAAUGUACUAUCUUAAUAUUCGUUACGAGAUGUUGUAAUGCUGUUUAACAUAAAGACGAUCGAUUCCUGAUCAUAUUAGUUUUUAGCUGAGAGAAAGAAAAAAUUAUUACGAGAAAAUGUCUUUGUACUGAGUGAAAUUGGAUGGAAUAAAAUGACACGACUUUUUAAAGAUGAUGAAUGUGUGUCUAUAUGGCUUAUAUAUAUAUAUAUAUAUAUAUAUUUCCUUAUAGUUUCGUUCCAGAAAUUAUAGAUCAAAAUGUAGACAUGAAAGGGUGCUUCAAGUGCUAAAGCUGGUGCACUUGAUUACUUCCUUGUUCUUUUAUUUGUAAUUAUUUAUUUUUUUACGUUUAUUAUUGGUAAACUGAUCUAUUUCCUUAUUUCCUUUUUUCAAUGAGAGAGAGAGGCACAGCGCGAGAGAAAGAGAGAGAUAGAUUGAUCAGCAUUGAUCUUCGGAAUGGAUUUACAGAUGAAAUCGAUCGAUGAAAUACAAAUCUGGUCUUGCUUGUGAAUUAUAGAAAUAGGAUAACUUUGGCGAAAUAAAGGAUGGGAAGAGACAGCACAGAGAAUAACAACGGUUAAUAUAAGACAUAAGAUUUGUUUUUCUUAAAAUUAAGAUAAUAAUUGACAAAGAAAGUAAAGAAUACAAUUAAUAAUAAUGAUAUUAAUGAUAAUGACGCUAAAAUAAUGAUAAAAGUUAAUCAUAAUGGUUAUGAUGAUAACAAAAAUAUUAAUGUUUGUAAUAAUUCUGAUAGUGAUACGGUAAUAGAAAGAGCAAAAAUGAAGAAUAACGAUGUGUUAAUAGUAACAAUGAUAAUGAUAAGAAUAAAUGUUCAUAGUAAUAAUGAUGAUAAUAAAGAUGUUACUGAUAAGGCUUAUGAUAAUCUUAAUUAUGAAAUUAUACCUAUUAUGGUUCUGAGGAGAACGAUAAAAUACAAAUAUAUAUGUAUAUAUAUACAUAAAUAUAUACAUAUAUAUAUACAUAUAUGCAAGUCCCCAUGAUAAGCAAGAAGCCAAACCAAAUGUCCACGUAACCAUGAAUCCGUUCUGACGUCAUAAACAAAUCGCCCAAUGGCUUUAGUGUACUCGCGGUGACGUCAUCAGCAGACCACCCAAUCGGGCUGCGCGAACGCCUCGCCUUCAAAACAGGUCUCUCACACGUUUCAUCCUGAUGGCUACACGUCUUGUCAUGGCGUGAACUGUGUGAUAAGGAUGCUGGUGUGUGGUCUAUCGUACCCGGGUUUGUUUUGAUAAGAAUAAUCUAUUGUGGAUUGUGGUUUUAUAGGGCGGGAGGAAG